AUUAAACUUAUAAAACAUAAAAUUUGUUAACCUAGCUUUCUUCAAUCUUCCAAAUUACUUAGUUAAAACUUUUUAACUACUUAUUAAAGUUUAUUGACGUAAGCAAUAUUUGUUACUAUGUCACAGAAGUAUUUAGCAAUACUUACAUGGACAUAAAAUACGAAAAUUACUUUAAAAUACUAAAAUAACACUAUACUAUCAUAUGCCUUCAAUGUAUUGCAUGCCAAUCGCCAGACAUAUUGGAAUAGUUUGACAGAUCGUUGGAUUCCCUAAUUUUGACAUUUUUAACUUAACCACAAAAUAAACAUGAAAAAUAACAAAUAAUAUAACACAAAAAAGAAAUAAAUGGAAACCCAAAUAAGAGUUUCUGUAAACAAUUUUUCAUCAAUUUGCAGACUUUGUCUUCGAUCUGAAGAUUUGUUACCACUAUGCACUGUAGGUGCCAUUCAGAUUUUUAAAGAAAUUACAAAAAUUGAGGUAAAUGAAGAUGAUCUACUACCAAAAAAUAUUUGCAAGACUUGUGCCAGUCGCCUGCAAGAAAUUAAACAAUUUAUAGACCUAUGUGUAGCUAAUAAUUCCUUAUUUCUCAAGGCUUUAAAACAUCCCUGUGUUAAAAAUGAAGUAUCCAUUGAAAUACCUUGCCAAGUAGAUGCAAUAAUAACAGAGGAUAAUGUGCAACAUAUCACACUAAAAGAACAAACGGAAUCGAAGAUAGAUGAAGAAAAUGCAGAGUUUUUUCAGUGUGGUAUUUGUAAUAAUAGUUUUAAAGAAAAACAAUUACUUAUUGCUCAUUUAAAAGAGCAUAGAACUAGUAAAGAAAUUAACAAAAAUAUAAAUAGCACAAAGAACGAUUUAAUAGUAAAUAAUAAAAUUGGAAAAACAAGUGACAAAGUAAGUUCAACAACACAAAACAAAAGUUUGGUGUGCCGUAAGAAAGUGCUUAGAAGUAGAAAAAAACUAGUAGCACCAUUCAAAUGUACAAAAUGUGAUCGUUCACUAACUUCACAAAAUGCGCUAAAUGAACAUAUGAAAACUCAUACUGGAGCUAAACCGUUUAAGUGCCCCCACUGCCAAAAAGAUUUUUCAUAUAUAAGUAGCUAUACAGUACAUAUAAGGUUACAUACAGGAGAAACUCCAUACAUUUGUUCAAUUUGCAAUAAGGGAUACCGCAGUUCUACCAGCCUAAACAAGCACAAAAGAGUUAAACAUUUUGUCUUUCAAGACAAUGACGGUCUGAACAAUUCAAACAAAACCCAGUGUCCAUUUUGUAGCAAAUUUUUUGGUAAAUUUGGGUUCGGUGCACAUUUAAGAACCCAUAUUAAUCAGAAGAAGAUAAUCAAAUGCCUUUUAUGCAACAAGGUUUUCCAGAAAAACUCACACUUGGAAAGACAUAUCAGGAUACAUACAGGUGAACGUCCCUUUGCUUGCAGUUCCUGUAGCAAAACUUUUACCCAAGAAAGUGAUCUUAAAAGACACAGCCUUAUUCAUGGUGAUAAAAAAGAUUUCCAGUGUCAACAUUGUGGUAAGAUGUUCUUUACUACAAGUUCUCUGGCUUCUCAUAUGCUCAAACAUGAAGCAUUCGCUCAGGAUGUCAAGUGUAAUGCAUGUGAGUCCUCUGUUUGUUCAUGUAUUCCUCCAAAACGAUCAAAGAAAGAGAAUAUUCCAAAGAAAUCAUUUUUGUGUACCAUUUGUGGAAAGGUAUUUACAGCAAAUAGCAGUCUUCAGAUUCAUCAUAGAAUCCACACUGGGGAAAAUCCCUUCAAGUGUCAACAGUGUAAUAAAGGGUAUAAAGCCAGCACAGCACUAAAAUUGCAUGUAAGAAGGGCACACACUGGAGAAAAACGUUACACAUGUCCAAUAUGUCCAAACCGAUAUUUCGAUUCCACAAAUUUAAAGAGACAUACCAAAAGAGUGCAUGCUAAUCUGGAUAUUAAGCAUGAACUUUUUGGAGUUGAAAAUGUUGAAGCAAAUAUAAUAAUGGAAACUCAAUUGAGACUUUCUGUAAAUAAUUUUUCAUCCAUUUGCAGGCUUUGUCUUCAACCCAAAGAUUUGUUACCUCUAAGCAAUCUAGAGGUAAUGCAGGUUUUUAAAGAAAUUACCAAAAUACAGAUAACUGAAGAUGAUCUACUACCAAAAAAUAUUUGCAAGACUUGUGUCAGUCGUCUACAAGAAAUUAAACAAUUUAUAGAACUAUGUACAGCUAAUAAUAAUUUGUUUCUUAUGGCUUUAAAACAUCCCUAUGUUGAAAUUGAAGUAUCUAUUGAAAUACCUUGCCAAGUAGAUAAAAUAGUAACGAAGGGAACAGUGGAACAUAUUUCACUAGAAGAAACUGAGCCAAAAAAACAUGAAGAGAACACAGAGUUUUUACAGUUAGACAUUUGUAAUAAUAAUUUUAAACAGACACAAGUAUGCAUUCCUCAUUUAGAAGAACGUAAAAUUAGUAAACAAAUUAACAAGAACAUGUGUACAAAAGAGGUUGAUGUAAUACUAAAUAGUGAAAUUAAGAAAACUUGUGAAGUAUGUAACAAAGUAUUUCCAACUAAGUUAAGUUUGCUGCGUCACAAAAAACGACAUAGAAAUAGAAAAAAACCACCAUUUAAAUGUACAAAAUGUGACCGGUUGCUAACAUCACGAAACUCACUAAGCAAACACAUGAAAAUUCACACUGGAAUUAAGCCAUUUAGAUGCUCCUACUGCUUAAAAAGUUUCUUAUAUAUGCGUAGCUUAACAGUUCAUUUAACGUUGCAUACAGGAGAAACCCCAUAUGUUUGCUCAAUUUGUAAUAAACGAUACCACAGUGCUAGGAGUUUACAAAAACAUAAAAAUAUUAAGCAUUUUAUCCAAGAAAACAAUAAACUAGACAAUGACAUUCUAAAUAAUUCAAACAAAACUCAUUGUCCAUAUUGUAACAAAUAUUUUGGUAGUUUUGGAUUUGGUAGACACAUAAAAACUCAUGUUAAUGAGAAGAAGGUAUUCGAAUGUCCUUUGUGCUAUAAGGUUUUCCAGAAAAAUUCACAUUUAGAGAGACAUCUCAGGAUACAUACAGGUGAGCGUCCUUAUGCUUGCAACUCCUGUAGGAAAACUUUUACCCAAGAGAGUGAUCUUAAAAGACACAUACUCAUUCACAAUGGCAAGAAAGAUUUCCAGUGUCAACAUUGUGGUAAGAUGUUCUCCAGUGCACGUUCCUUGGCUGCUCAUAAUAUGCUCAAACAUGAAGCAUCGGUGCAGAAUGUUAAAUUAUGUAAUGUUUGUGAGAGCUCUGUUUGUUCAGGCCAUCAUGACAAACAAUUAAAGAAUGAUAAUAUUCCAAAGGAAUCGUUAUUCUUAUGUACUAUUUGUGGGAAAAUUUUUAAAACAAAUAGCAAUCUUCAGACUCAUUAUAGAAUCCAUACAGGAGAAAAUCCCUUUGUUUGUAAACUAUGUAAUAAAGGGUAUAAAGCCAGUACAGCUCUAAAAUAUCACGUGAGAAGGGCUCACACUGGAGAAAAACUUUAUAAAUGUCAGAUAUGUACAAAGGAAUAUUAUGAUUUAACAAAUUUGAAGAGACAUACCAAAAGAGUGCAUUCUAAUCUGGAUAUUAAGGAUCAAAGUUUUGAUCGUGAAAAUAUGGAUGAAAAUAUAUAAAAAUA